GAUAGGAAGGGAGGGAACUGUCCAACCAGGUCGUUUUCAAGUACAAGUGGCACUCCCUCAUUGGCUAGUGAAGACUAAUAAUCUACAUUUAACUCACAGGAAAAGAAAGCAGACACUCUUUCAAACCAUCCGUGAGACUGCACAAAUUCAUUUUGAUUUCAUUAACCAUGAAAUCUUCCACGCGCUAUCCACUACCAGUGUUAUAGCUUGUGUUCAAAACUUGCUCUUCUUGGCCAUGACAACACUACUGCAAUUCUCUAUCUACUUUUCUCCUUUAAAGAAAUACCAAAAACCCAUUACUUAUCACUCUCUACCAAGUUCAAAGUUGGCUUUUUUGAAGAAAGAUAGCUUCAAAUCAAGGUCCUACAAGGAAAAAUGGAGUUUGUUGGGAGGUGGAAAAGAUGGGAUUUGGAUAAAAGAGGAGGGGUUAAAAAGGAAGAGGAGGGUGGUUUUGGUGAGGUUUAAUCAAGGGUUUGGUGGUGGUGGUGGUGGUGGGGGAGAUAAUAGUGGUACUGCUAGGCUUCUGGGAAAUAUUGCUUUGGCUGCUGGAUUGACUUAUCUUUCAAUGACUGGACAACUUGGUUGGGUUUUUGAUACUGUUGGCUGGAUCUUGGACACGCUAAUUUCUAUCUGGCUCCUUGCUGUAUUUAUUCCCAUUGUAGGCUUGGGAGUCUUUCUCUGGUGGGCAGGACGUGACAUACUUCAAGGCACUUGCCCAAAUUGUGGAAAUGAGUUUCAGAUUUUCAAAUCUACUUUGAAUGAUGAAUUGCAGCUGUGCCCUUUUUGCAGUCAACCAUUCUCAGUGGUGGGUGAUGAGUUUGUGAGUGAUUCAGUGAGGUUCUCCAAAAAAUCUACACCGUUUGGACAAGCAUUCAGUGACUUGUCUUCUGGUUUCAAGAAAGGAAAAGAAUCUUCUUCAGCUGUUGUAGAUGUUGAAGCAGAAGUAAAAGAUGUAGACUGAGGGACCAUAUCCAUAAUAUCCUGGUUCAUCCUACUGUUUUCCGAGUUAAAGAGCAGCUCAGAGCAUGUAUUGUCAUUCUGAACUGAGUUAAAGAGCAGCUCAGAGCAUGUAUUGUCAUUCUGAACUGGGUCACCCUGCCCACACAACAUUCAUCAUACGGAAACGGAAUAGCAAGUCUUUCCUGGUUGUAUUCUAAGUUUUGACAACAAAGUAAUUUGUAUGAUAGCCUUUUCUAUAUUUUCUAUUGAGGUCCUUUGCUCAUCA